AUGAUAUUUGCGCCCCUCGAUCUCGUCCAAGACAUGUACUAUGGCAUCCUGGGUAUUGCUCUCUUCGCAAUCAGCGGUGGUCUAGUAUUAUCUGCGAGGACCAGGCCAUCUUUAUAUCCUAGAACAGGAGAUCCUACGUUGGCCUUGAUCGGUGGCUCUCUGGCUAUUGCGAAUGCAUUCAUGAUGCUAUUCGAUCUCAGCCUAGCAUAUCUGGACUCUGAGGAGUUUGAAGAAGAAAGUGAAGCAGUGUCGGCGGCAGCAGACGCUUACAUCGACGCGUGGUGGUCGGCGUGUGGUGGUGCUUUAUUUGGCAUGUGUGGUGCGUUAACACUGCGAUCGUGGCGGGAAGUUCCGGCAUGCUUACGACGCACUUACGCGCAAGCUAACGCUGUAUGCUCGCUGGCCGCUGCAGCGUUACUUACCAUAGAUGCACUGCUCGCCGCAUGUUCAGCUCAUAAGGAUGACGACGCUAGCACUAGGACUAAGUCAAAGAAAUCUCUUCCCCGACGUUGA